AUGUUCAUGAAAUCCUGGAUUACCCAUUCUUUUCAUUCAAAGUCGGUGUUUGUAAACAUUAUUAUGUUGCUCAUACAUGUUUGGUUAAAGUCCUCGGUUAUAGCUAUGGAAAUCUACUCAAAAUCAAUGUUUAGUUCAGUCAGGCAACGUAAUAGUCUGACGUGCAGUAAUUCGACAACAAAUCAGUAUAUAGCUCUCCAGACAUAG